AUGAAUAAAACUGGUCAAUUAAGUAUCAGAUUAACAGAUGAUAUUAAUAAAAUUCAUGAUGGUAUUGGUGAUAAACUUGCAUUAGCAAUACGAUUUAUUGCUUCAUUUGUUUCUGGUUUUACUCUUAGUUUUUCUAUAGGAUGGAAAUUAACCUUAGUUAUUCUAUUGAUAUCACCAGUAGUAUUUAUUUCAACUGCGAUAAUGUCCAAACUUACAACGAGUUUAACAUCGAUGGAAUUAAAAGCUUAUGGUAAAGCAGGUGCUGUAGCUGAAGAAGUACUUAGUUCAAUUCGUAUUGUUUUAUCGUAUAAUGGACAAGAACGAGAAAAGAAAAGGUAUAAACAAUAUUUAAAUGAAGCAAAAGAACGUGGAAUAAGAAAAAGUGCAGCUAAUGGUUUGAGCAUGGGUGUUUCGUGGUUCAUUGUUUAUUGUUCAAAUGCAUUAGGUUAUUGGUAUGGAUCAGAAUUAAUUCAAUAUGGAGAAUAUGAUAUUGGAAAAGUUAUGAUUGUAUUCAUUACAAUAUUAGUAUCUGUUUUUGAUUUGAGACAAGCUAGUCCACAUUUACAAGCAUUAGAUCAAGCUAGAAGUGCUGCAUCAUUUGUAUGGAAUAUUAUCGAUGAACCAUCAACAAUUGAUAAUAAUUUAGAUGAAGGAAUUAAAAAAAGUAAUUUAAUUGGUAAUAUUAAAUUAUUAAAUUUUACAUUUUCUUAUCCAUCACGUUCUAACAUUGAAAUAUUAAAAAUUAUUUCACUUAAUGUAAAACAAGGUGAAACAGUUGCAUUAGUUGGUUCGUCUGGUUCAGGUAAAUCAACAUGUAUUGAAUUAUUACAAAGAUUUUAUGAUUUAAAUUCUGGUUCAAUAUUAAUUGAUGAUAAUGUAAUAAAUAAAUAUAAUUUAAAAUGGUUAAGACAAAAUCUAGGUGUUGUUAGUCAAGAACCAAUUUUAUUUCAGAGAACAAUUCGUGAAAAUAUUGUAUUGGGCUUUGAUAAAGCGACCGAUGAAGAAAUUUAUCAAGCAGCUAAAAUGGCGAAUGUACAUGAAUUUAUUAUGAAUGUACCACAACAAUACAAUACUUUAAUAGGUGAACGUGGUGCGACAUUGUCAGGUGGACAAAAACAAAGAAUAGCAAUUGCUCGUGCAUUAAUUGGAGAUCCAAAAAUUUUACUUCUUGAUGAAGCUACUAGCGCACUUGAUAAUGAAAGUGAAAUAAUAGUUCAAGAUGCUUUAGAUCGUGCUUCUCAAGGUCGAGCAACAAUUGUUAUGCAAAAAGGUGAAAUAAUUGAAGAGGGAAAUCAUGAAUUAUUAAUGAAUAAUCAAUCAGUUUAUUAUAAUCUUAUUCGAAAACAAAAUUUACAUAAUACACAAGAUAAAAGAAAUUCUAUUCCUAAAAAAGAAAAUAAACAAAGAAAAAUGAGUAAUGUAUCAUUACAGUCUCUUAAAAAUAAUCAAAAUAAAGAAUUAGAAGAAAUAAUUGAAAAGAAAAAAGUAAGAAGAAAUGUUUCAUUACAAUUGUUAAGAAUGAAUAAACCUGAAUGGAUAUUUAUUUUAUUUGGAUGUAUUUGUAAUGGUGUUAUACAACUAACAAUGGGAAUUGUUCUGAGUAAAUUAACUGCAGUUUUUCAAGAAUGUGAUAAAGAUUUGAAAAAUCGAAAAAUUCUUCUUUAUAAUUUAAUAUUUAUUGGAUUUGGAAUCAUCCGUUUCAUAGCAACAUUUAUUCAAAAUUUCUUCUUUGGUUGUUCUGGUGAAGCAUUAACAAAACGUCUUCGUAUAAAAACAUUUGAAGCAUUACUUCGUCAAGAUAUAUCAUAUUUUGAUGAUCCAAAUAACAAUACAGGUGCAUUAUGUACACGUUUAUCAACUGAAGCAUCGGCUGUUCAAGGUGCGACUGGAAUUCGAUUUGGAAUGUUACUACAAAGUUUUUGUUCACUUGUUGGUAGUCUUGUUAUUGGUUUUAUAUUUUCUUGGCAAUUAACAUUACUUAUUAUGGCUUUUAUUCCAUUAAUGAUUGCAGGAGGUUUUCUUCAAAGUCGAUUAAUGACUGGUUUUGCAAGUAAAGAUAAAAAAGCUUUAGAAAAUGCUGGAAAGAUCGCUGUAGAAACAAUUCAAAAUAUUCGAACAGUUGUACAACUAACUAAAGAAGAUUAUUUUUAUGAAGAAUAUUCGAAAGUGCUAGAAAUUCCUUAUCGAGUUAUGUAUAGUGUCAUGUUCAGUGCACAAAGUGUUGGUCAAACAGUUUCUUUAACACCGGAUUACAAUAAAGCAAUAGAUGCUGGAGAAAAAAUUUUAGAUUUAUUAGAUCGAAAAUCUUUAAUUGAUAAUACAUCAAAUAAUGGUGAACAAAUUGAAAACUUUAAUGGAGAAUUAGAAUUUAAUGGAAUUGAUUUGACAUAUCCAACUAGACCUGAGUCAAAAGUUUUGAAAGGUUUUAAUUUAAAAAUCAAAUCUGGGCAAAGAAUUGCACUAGUUGGUACAUUGGGUUGUGGAAAAUCAACAAUUAUUCAAUUAAUAGAGCGUUUUUAUGAUAUAAACGAAGGUCAACUCUUAAUUGAUUCAAAAGAUAUUCGAAAUCUUAAUUUACAAUGGUAUCGAUCUCAAAUUGGUAUUGUUUUUCAAGAACCAAUUUUAUUUAAUAUGUCAAUUAGAGAAAAUAUUUCUUAUGGUGAUAAUAAUCGUGAUACUAUUCCAAUUGACGAGAUUAUUCAAGCAGCUGAAAAAGCAAAUAUUCAUCAAUUUAUUGAACAACUUCCACAAGGUUAUGAAACAAAUUGUGGUGCAAAAGGAACUCAAUUAUCAGGUGGAGAAAAACAAAGAAUAGCAAUUGCUCGUGCAUUACUUAGAAAUCCUAAGAUUCUUUUACUUGAUGAAGCAACAAGUGCUUUAGAUAGUGAAAAUGAAAAAAUCGUUCAAGAUGCAUUAGAUCAAGCUCAAAUGAAUCGAACAUCAAUAACAAUUGCUCAUCGUUUAUCAACAAUUCAAAAUUCAGAUGUUAUUUGUGUUUUACAUAAUGGAAAAAUUGUUGAAUCUGGAAAUCAUCAAGAAUUACUUCAACUUAAAGGUCGUUACUAUCGAUUAACAUUACAAAAACUUGAAUAG